GUAUCACUUGACCCAAAUUUCUAAAGUUGGGCCAAAAUUAUAAAUGAGAACCUAGCUCUAUUCCACUUUCCCCAAUUGAAACCUAGCUGCCUCCGCCGGUGCUUCGUCGCCGUAUCCCUUGGAUAAACUAAAGCUAUGACGAUGGGGAAUCAAGAUAGAAUCAGCAACUCUCAUAUCUAUAAUCUCUCGACUCACCAUUGUACAAGCUACUACUACUUCCAUACUUUCAGCUCGUUGGCGGUAUCUCCAUCGCUACAUCACUCAUCUCAAUUUCCCAAAAUAGACGACUCCUACAUAUUUGAUAUCAUGCCGGUCUUGCGUUUACACAGAGGCGGUCGGAUAAAAGAGUUCAGGUUGUGCAUGUCUAGACGUUUCAAGUUUGGUAUUGAUAAAUGGUUUGAGUUUGCCCUAUCUAAGAAAGCUGAAAUAAUUCAUUUACGUGGUAACCCGUAUAUUGAUUACAAGGCUCUGUUUCUUAGACUUCGAAAUGGAUUUGAAUGCCUUAAAGAUUUGUGUCUACAUGACCCUGUAAUGACCGAUCAAGACUUUAAGCUUUUGUUAUCCAAUUGCAUUGCUCUUGAAUCCUUGGAACUUCAGUAUGCUUUGAAGUUGGAAAAUGUCUCAAUUGUUGCUCACACUAAACUGAAGCAUUUGAACCUGUCUUACUUGAAAGCUCAAUCCAUUGUGAUUCGCCAUGCUAUCAGCCGCUGCGUAUCUUGACCCCUAAACAAUCCGUCCAACUUAGUAAUACUCCUAAGCUUACCCAACUCUAUUUUGAAGAAUUUUUUCCUAUAAAAUUUUUUGUAUAAGUUCGAUUUGAUUUGAGGGAUUUUUGCAUAAUUUUUUCUGUACUUUGAUUCUGUUUUUCAAUUUUAAUAAUUGUAUAUGUAUACUUUUUUGGUUUCUUGUAUUCUUGUUUCAUGAUUGUUCUAGGGUCACUCACUGGACAAAUUACUAAGGUCUUUUAUACAACGAGGAUGCAUACUCAAAUCUUUCAUGUGAUUAGCGAGCUUAGGCUAACACCUUACCGGGACUUCAAGUUAGCCAUCUUGGUAGGCUCGAACAUUCUACCUAACAUUUCUAUUUUUAUGAAAUGCUAUUAUAGCUUUCUUAAAUAGUCAUAUUGUGUCUUUCAAGGGAUCAAGAAGGCAAUAUUGUAUCAAUCCCUCUUCAAUAAAGCAUUCGAAGAUUGAUAUAGCGUGGUAAUGUUUUUUUCUUGAAAAUUGAUUUCUGUUUCUCUUGGCUCUUACACAUUUAUAAUUUCAGUCAGAUGCUAAUGAAGGAGACAGAAGACCCUGCCUGCUGCAUAAGUAAAAGUCAAUUUUCAUUAUGAUGUCCUCUAUAUAUUCAAUUUUCAUUAUAAAUACUGUUUUAUGUAUUCAUGUCUCAUUUCUUCCUGUCAGCAAUGUUUCUGCUGUUAUAGAUCACCCAAGCCUAGCAAAUGUGACUGACAUAGAAGAAAUUUGCAGUAUUGGUUGCACUGUUCAAGGUCCUAUCUUUUAAUUUUUUUGCAUAUUUAGUAAAUAAAUAAAGUUUAAGUGGCUAAAAGAGCUCAUUAAUUAAUAAUUAGGUUGUCCGUACUAUGCGUCACGUCUUCUUGCAAAAACAGCGGAUCUUAUAAUUUGCCCUUACAAUUACAUGAUCAAUCCAAGUCUCCGGGAGAUAUAUGCGAUAAAUUUGGAUGGGAACGUACUAAUAGUUGACGAAGCACAGUGAGUUGAAUGAUCAAGCACUAUUUGAUCUAUAUAUUAUAAUUUAUUUAAGUUUUCACCUGCUUUUGUUUGUGCCAUUGCAUUAGUAUAGAGGACACAAUUCGAGAAAAUGCAAGUUUUGAUAUUGAUGAACAAACUUUUGAAGGUAAGUUAUGUCUAAUUUUUUCUUAAAAAUCAUUGCAUGUAUUACCUGAUAUUACCUUUUGUUUGUGUAGAAUUGUUAACAGAUCUGAACCAGGUGAGGGAAAUGGUGUCUGGCAUAUACCAGGACUUGCUUGAUAUGACAAAGGUGAUAUUUUGUAAGCCUUUAUUAAUUUCCCAAAUUCAGUUCUUCUUCUUAUUGUAUCAGAAUUAUAUGUAGGGCAUAAUUGAUUGGAUGAAA